AUACCAGUUUAGUUCGAAGCCGAGAGCAGCUAGAGAUCGGUCGUGUGUACAUGUGUCGGGUCUCUCUCCACUUUUUUUAAAACCAAAAAGAGACACUGAGAGAGAGAGAGAGAGAAAAAUACCUUUGCGUUUAAGUCUCGAGGGGUGUGUGUGCGAUUUUCCCCUGUCCACCCCAUUGAACAUCGCAUUUCCGGAUUAUCUGGUUAUCGCCAUCUUUUUUUCUUCCGCGUGGGAUAUUUGAUUGUGUUUCAUUGAGUGUGUGUCUUCAGUUAGUCCAGUUGGAAUUCAAUUUGUGGCUGAUGCCCAAGUUUCCUAUAAGUUUAUCUCUACCUGGAAACUGACAAUAUUAAGCCGCGUGCGUUCGAUUUCAGACGCAACAGAUAUGAGGCCGUUAUCGUCAUCGACCGGACCGUAUGGCACGGAUUAUUGAGCCAUCCUUUUCGUACUGAGCAGUACCCACGACUUCGUUCACUACCUGGUGUGUGCGUGUGUCGACUAUAAAAAGGAACGAAAAAAAAAGUGUGUUGAUUAUCAACGAGGCGGGUCGAAUUAUCGUGACUGUGAUUACUAUCGUUUUGACAUGAAGAAAAUGCGUUGUUGUUCAGUGACGGCGGUGGCGCUGCUGCUGUUUAUUUCCAACGUUUUGGCCGAUGGUUCCAGUGAGUCACAUCACGUGACUGUGAGACAGGCAACUGGCGGCGGUCGAAGUAACCGCGUGACGGAUACCUUUUCAACACCCAGUCAACAGGAAUUGGAGCGCACCGGAUCUCCCCGAUCUAACGCCAAUAAGCGCGUCUACGUGGAGAACAAGUACAGACCCGUUUUCUACAAAUGCGAAUCUGCCGCAUUGGAAGAAGGCAAACCACCCGGAACGGUUGUCUCCGAAGUCAAAGCGUACGACAACGACACCGAUUCGGCUGGUGACAUCUUUUUUACCAUCUUGCGUGCUGGAUCGGAAAAAGAAUUUGAAGUCGAUCCCGUUACGGGUAGCAUUCGCAGCAGCAAGUCGUUCGAUCGAGACGAGCCGGCACGAGAGAAAAUCGCUUACGUCACAGUCAAAGCCACAGACAGAGGCACUCCGCCGCUCGAGGCCAUUUGUACUUUCAACGUGACUAUUGCAGAUAUUAACGAUAAUGCCCCCAUGUUUGACAAAUCGGCCUAUGAUGAAUCGGUUCCGCGUGAUUUGGAACUCAACAAACUUGUCAUGCGCAUCGCCGCCACCGACGUCGACGCAGGUGAGAACGCCCACAUAUCGUAUGGGUGGGAUGUCGGAUCGGGUCCUGACGCCGACUACUUUGACCUCGACAAAUCCACCGGAGCUAUUCACCUCAAAAAGAAAAUCACGCAAAACGAGGGCUAUAAAUUUGCAUUAAUGGCCGUCGCUCGUGAUAAUGGAACGGAACCCAUGAACUCCCGAGUCCGAGUCAUGAUUAACGUGGCUUCCUCCAAAAUUAAGCCGCCCUAUUUUACCGAUAUUCCGGAAUCGGUCCGCUUGCCGGAAAACUACACGUCGUACAAGAAGCCCAUCGCCACGCUAGCUGCUCAUUCCAAUAUCGCCGCACCUGAUCUCUAUUUCGAGUUGGUCAAAGGUCAGACGGAGCAGACCAACAGCGACGAAACAUUCCGUAUCAACGAACGCGGCAAUUCGGUCGAUAUCCACGCGGCCAAAGCGCUCGACUAUGAAAAAGUCACGCAAUACAUAUUGACGGUGCGAGUCAAGAACGAAGCCGGCGUUGCCGCUGAAACGGUGCUCACCGUCAGCGUCGAGGACGUGAACGACGAGAUCCCCACUUUCAUGGCCGUCGACGGUGGCAGCGUCCUGGAGAAUUCGGUAGCCAAUACGUUUGUGCUGAAAGUGCAAGCCACGGACAGGGACGCCACCUACCCCAAUAACUGGGUGAGGUACACACUGCGCGAUUUUACGGAUAAAUUCGAAAUUGAUGGCAACACGGGCGACAUCCGCACCAAAGUCAAAUUGGAUCGCGAAGAACGCAAAUCUUAUCCGUUGACUGUCGUUGCCUACGAUGGCAAAGAAUCGGCCCUGACCUUGGACGGACUGCCCAAUCAGAGCGCCAAGAGGUUCCAGAUCGAAGUGGCUGACGUCAACGAUAACGCGCCUUUCUUCCCGCAAUCCGAGUACUUUGCUGAAAUCGCUGAGAACGCAGACAUCGGAGCCAAAGUUAGCGAAUUGACAGCGUUGGAUAACGACACCGAGUCUCAGCUGGCUUACGACAUUGUCAGCGGCAACGCUGGCCUGGUCUUCUCCAUUGAAGCGCAAACGGGUCUACUCAAAGUGCAGCAACCGCUAGACUACGAGACAACCAAGAGCUACGAUUUGAUUGUCGAAGUGGACGAUGGCAAACAAAAGGCCACCACCAAGGUCAACGUCAAGAUUAUCAACGUGAACGACAACAAGCCGCAAUUCAUGAACAACAAUCCGGAGCAUAAAUAUGGCAUUGUUGAGAACACUGUGCCCAUCGGGCCCAUCGUUCGCGUUAACGCCACAGACCCUGAUUACGACCCACUAACGGCCGAGGGACCAAUGAAAAUCACCUACACUCUCAGCGGGUCUCAUGCUGAUUCAUUUCAAAUCAACCAAUUGGGAGAGCUGUCCAUUGUUCGGCCUUUGGAUCGCGAUUUGCCUGCCGGCCGUCAAGACUGGUCCGUUUUCGUCGUCGCCCAAGAUGAAUUGGACGGCGUUCGGUUGGAAAACACGCUGGAAGUGGUGGUUUUCUUGGACGAUGUCAACGACAAUGCCCCAUUUCUCGAUAUGACCCGCGUUGUUUGGCGUGAAAACCAACCGCAAGGCCGCAUUGUUGUGCUGAACGCGACCGACUACGACGAGGCUAAAAACGGCCCUCCUUUCACCAUGAGAAUGGCCGACACGGCCGAAGAUGUCGUUAAAACAUCCUUCCGCGUUGAUGGCUCUCCUACCUCUUCGUGGUCGUUGAUGGCCACCAAAACGUUUGACCGUGAAGAACGCAAAGAGUACGCUGUGCCGAUUAUCAUCAGUGACAGCGGUCAACCCACUUCCUUGACGGCCACGUCCACUUUAACUGUGGUCAUUGGCGAUGAAAACGACAACCCAAUGUCGGACGGUUCCAGCGCCAUCUUGGUUUACAAUUACCGCAACUCCCUGCCCGAUACGGAAAUUGGCCGCGUUUACGUCCAGGAUGCCGAUGAUUGGGAUUUGCCGGACAAAACAUUUGGUUGGUCAUCUGCCGCUUCUCCGCCUCCGUAUUUCACAGUCACGGCAUUCGGCGGUUUCAUCACAAUGCGUGCGCGCACACCACCCGGCAACUACCCACUCAAAUUCCACGUUCGCGACAAUGUACGUCAAGAGGAAGCUGACGCGACUGUUAUCGUCACGGUCCAAGAGAUUACUGAAGAGGCGGUGCGGCGUUCCGGUUCGAUCCGUUUGAGCGGUGUAGGCCAGGAAGAAUUCAUUAAAGACUCGCCCAGCAAGAAAGACUUGCUGCGUCAGAAGGUGGCCGAAUACGUCGGAGCCAAAGAAGAGAAUGUCGAUAUCUUCACGGUCAUGAGCAGCUCACCGUCGCGUAACCAUAGCGUCGAUGUUCGUUACUCAGCCCAUGGCUCGCCUUAUUACGAUCCAGUCAAACUGAACGGCUUGACGGCCACCCAUCAAGACGAAUUGGAACGACUGCUGGACGCUGAGGUUCUCAUGUUUGGCAUUGAUGAAUGUCUGUACGAAAAGAACACCAUCUGCUCGGAAGGAAGUUGUACAAAUCGUCUGCAAAUCACUGAACAACCUUACCGGGUAGCCACCAACACUUCCACUUUCGUCGGUGUAGACGCUCGAAUCGUUACAGAGUGCGUCUGCUUGGCCGACGAGUACCUUUCCUCUUCGUCAUGUUCGGCUACCUCCUGUUUGAACGGUGGAACGUGUACCGGAGAUGCCGCCCAACCAUGUCGUUGCAUUGACGGAUUCCAGGGACCGCGCUGUGAAGGAUUAGAUGUUUCAUUCGGAGGCACUGGCUGGGCAUGGUACGAUCCUCUGCCCACCUGCGCGUCGGGAUAUCUCUCUCUGACUGUGAUCGCCCAAACGGGCAAUGGCCUCAUACUUUACGCUGGGCCGACUGCUGUACCACCUGAUACGACCGUAUCCGAUUUCUUGGCCGUUGAACUCCGAGAAGGCUCACCUGUUCUUUACCUGGAUCUUGGCUCUGGUACGAAGCGUCUAGAAGUUCCAGAUCGGUCGCGGAACUUGGUGGACGGGAAAGCCCACGAUCUGGAAAUCAGUUGGAACCAGCGAUCCGUCCAAAUGCGAUUAGGUCAAUGCAGCGAUGGGCAACCGUAUUGCUCUGCCUCUUCCAGUCUGGUCGGCUCUAACGAGUACCUCAAUGUCAACGGACCUCUUCAAGUGGGAGGCAUCACAGCCGAUCUUCAGAAACUCCGGCUGGCGCUCAACUGGGGCUCCAUUCCCACAGACAUUGGAUUUUCCGGUUGCAUCCAGAACUUGACUUUUAACGGCCUGACGUACAACUUGUACGACCCUGGAUUUUUCAAAAACGCUACGCCUUCGUGCGCCGGUGUCGUCUUGCCCGUCCAAACGGGCGGCUUUGGCUGGGAAUUGAUCAUCGCCUUACUUGUUAGCCUUUUAGUUUUGAUGAUUCUCAUUCUGGUGUUUGUGGCGUACCGGCGACGAAGCCGCAAGGACAAGCCCAAAGAUUUCCACGAUGAUAUUCGCGAAAAUAUUAUCAACUAUUCAGAUGAAGGUGGCGGCGAAGGAGACAUGACUGGAUAUGAUUUGUCCGUCUUGCGAAUGACACCCGAUGGAAAGCCGCUCAUUGGUCGCAGUGAUGACUAUGGAAAAUUGCUCAAGGACGAAGAUUUGAGGCCGAAACGCGCAGCUCCUGGCCAAGUGCCAGACAUUAGCCAAUUUUUGGACGACAAUAAAGGGCGCGUUGAUCGCGAUCCCGACGGCUUGGCCUAUGACGAUUUACGUCAUUAUGCAUAUGAAGGAGAUGGAAAUUCUAUGGGUUCCCUUUCUUCGUUGGCUUCCGGUACGGACGAUGGCGAUUUGGAUUUCGAAUGUCUGUCAGACUUUGGUCCACGUUUUAAGAAGUUAGCCGAUAUGUACGGCGAUCAUUCGAGCGAAAGUGAGGAUGGUGAAGACGGACAACAAGGCGGCCAAUCGGGCAGCGAGUCUUGGUGCUGAUUCCACUUUAUAAAAAAAAAAAAAAGAGCUUAACGAGGCAACUUUUUUUCCACCCCCAAAUUCCAGUCUCUUUUAUAUUAAAAAAAAACGAAAAAGGAAAAAGAAAAGAUGACAAUUAAUCCAAUGACAAAAUUCGUUAAAUCCAACAAGAGAGGACCAAACUGCCUGGCAGUCACAAAAAAAGCGGAUGCUAUCUAAGAUUUUUUUUCUUUUUUUAUCAUUAUUAUUCUUAAUUAUUUUUGGUGCGUUUACAAGACGUUGUGUGAUCUCACAGCUCGAAUGUUGGCACUGUUGUUGGAUUUUGUUGUUUGUCUGGACGGAUGUGACCGUUUUGAUGUUCAUCCGUAAUGACCACCAAUCCCCCCCCUCACCCUCUCUCUCUCCCCCUCGAAAGAAAGUCUUUCUUGAAUAUGACUUGUAUAGAAUUUUUCUAAAUGCGUCUGGAACAAAGAGUUUAAAUUGAUUCGUGCCUCGCCGUCAAGAGGAAGAAGAAAAAAAAAAAGAGAAAAUAAUAGUAACAUUUUUUGGAGUUAUACAGUAGCCUGUAUGUUAAUACAGCUAGUCAUCUGAUUGGUACACCGCGCUGCCCCCCUCCAUAACUCUUCCCAAUUGUAAUACAGAAUGAUUUUUGUUUUCUCUCUUUCUCGAGCAAAUGCCAAUGUUUGUCUGUCGCCAUUUCACUUUAGUAAUCUUUUUGAUUGAAAAAUGUUUUUUCACGGUCUUUAACUAAUUGAUUCGUUUUGUUAUCUUUACACAAGUUUUUUCACACAACACACAACCAGAUGCCCUUUGAGUGCCUUUCACCUGCACAUGAUUUUCGUAUACUCGCGCGCAUUUUUUUUUUUUGUUCGUGAAGACACAAACAAAAAAUCCACUUGAAAUUUGUCGAACGUUAUGCCAAUUUUCAUGUAUCUUUUUGCGAAAAAAAAAAAUGCAGAAAUAAAAUAAAAAUCGUGGUGUUGAAAAAAACAAA